GGCAAGUGUACAUUGGACCAAUCGGAGUUACAUAUACACUUGUAGGCAUAUUUAUUUUGUAUAACACAAAGAAACGUUGGAUUAUUUAAGCAUGAUGUGCUGGGAAUUUCAUUUCAUUUGCCAAUAGUCUCUUUAGACAUGGUGGGACAUUUUUUACUGUAUUGUUUUAUGCCCCUGCUUCUUUACGGGCAAUGCCAUGCUGUUCCAGCUGGAAAGAAGUUUGCAACAGCCUCCUACAGUGUUUGCUCAGUCACUGGUGACCCCCAUUACCUUACCUUUGAUGGCAGACGUUUUGACUUCCAGGGCACUGGCUUGUUCCAAAUGGUGGGUGUCUGUUCCGAGGACCCCAACCUUGUGCCCUUUGAUGUGUUAGUCCAGAAUAACAUUCAGGGUAGCAAGGUGGUCUUUAAUGCUAAGCUGGUGGAAGUGAAAGUGUAUAACCUGAGUAUUGUGAUCAGCAAAGAGAAUCCAGGAACGAUCAUGGUAAACAAUGAGCUCACUCUUCUGCCGAUAUACUUAACUAGAGGUAAAAUAUCUGUCCACAAGAGCGGCUGGAAUGCUGUGGUCAAGACUGACUUUAACUUGACGGUAUCAUUUGACUGGAAUGCCGCCGUGUCCGUCACUCUCCCCAGCACCUACGUGGGUGCUGUUUGCGGCCUGUGUGGAAACUAUAACAACAAGCCUCAAGAUGAUCUGACCAUGAAGAAUGGCCAAGCAACAGUUAUCCCUGAAGAAUUCGGUAUCACCUGGUGUAUUCCUGGCACAAUAGGCUGUGUUCAAAGCUGUGAAGGUGGAUGUCCAAACUGUGACCUCUCCCAAAAGCAGGAAUAUGAGACAGGGGCCUUUUGUGGCCUGAUCAAUGACCCGAGCGGCCCCUUUCGUGACUGCCAUAAAGUAGUGGACCCCAGCAACUACUUCAACAACUGCAUAUACGAUCUUUGUCACUACAACGGCCUUCAGUAUGUGUUGUGUCAGGCCAUCACCACCUACACUACUGCCUGUCAGGAAAGUGGGGCAAAAGUUUAUUCAUGGAGGUCCAGCAACCUCUGUAAUGCCGAAUGCCCUGCCAACAGCCAUUAUGAGCUGUGUGCCACAGGCUGCCCAGCCACAUGCUACACCAUGUCCAUACCCUUUGACUGCAUCGCAUUAUGCAAAGAAGACUGCAUCUGUAAUGAUGGUUUCAUCCUCAGUGGUGAUCAUUGUGUACCAGUCUCCCAAUGUGGCUGUGUCUACAAAAGCACAUACUACAAUAUUGCCGAUACCUUCUCUCCCAAUGGAACGUGUCUGGAGCAGUGCACAUGUAUAAAAGAAGGCAAGAUUGAAUGCAAACCAUUCUCCUGUGGCCAGAAUGAAAAGUGUGAGUUGGUAAAUGGCACUCAUACAUGCCAGCCUGCGGGUUCAGGUGUCUGCUCUGCCUCUGGAGACCCGCACUACAAGACCUUCGAUGGACUCCCAUAUGACUUCCAGGGUACCUGCACCUAUGUCUUAGCUAAGGGGUGUGACCUGGAAGGAACACAUCUCAUCCCUUUCUCCGUCAUGGUGGAAAAUGAAAAAUGGUGGCCUGAGGUGGAAAACAAGAAUGUUUCUGUCCCCAAACUGGUGGCUCUAGAGGUCUACAACUAUACAUUGAUCUUGCAGAACAACAUGCUAGGAGUUUUGGUAAAUGGAGUUUUCAAUUACCUCCCACUGAACUUGAGUAAUGAUGCAGUUGUAGCAUAUCUGGAGGGCUUCAACUAUGUCUUGAAGACCAAUUUUGGUCUGGUUGUCACAUAUGACCAUGUGUAUCAUGUUAGCGUCAUCGUGCCAGGUGACUACCAUGGCAAGACUUGUGGCCUUUGUGGCAAUUUCAAUGGAAAUAAGAAUGACGACUUACACCUGCCCAACGGCACAUUCACAAAAAACAUCAACGACUUUGGUUUAGCAUGGAAGGUGGCCAUUCCUGAUGUGGUGUGUGAUGACGGAUGCUCAGGCAAUACCUGUCCAGACUGUGCCCCUGCACUGAAAACUAUCUAUGGUGCACCAGGAUACUGUGGUAUCCUUACAGCACCAGAUGGGCCCUUUACUGCCUGCUACAGCAAGCUGGAUCCCACACUUUACUUCAAUGACUGUGUCUAUGAUAUCUGUGCAUCUUAUGGAAACCGCGAAGUUCUCUGUGAUACCAUCGCUGCUUACGUGUACAACUGCCAGCUAGCAGGGGUUGAGAUUAAGAACUGGAGGACACCUUACUUUUGUCCUGUGUCCUGCCCAGCAAACAGCCACUAUGAGAUCUGUGUGAGUUCCUGCUCCUUGGGCUGUCCAGGCCUCAAUGGGAUUGUAACAUGUCCCAGCACGUGUACAGAGGGCUGCUCCUGUAACCCUGGCUUUCUCUUCAAUGGACAGAAUUGUGUUGCACCAGAAAAGUGCAGCUGCUACAAUAAUGGACACACAUAUAAGCCAGGGGAUGUUGUAUACGUGGACGAUUGCCAGGUGAAGUGUGUAUGCAAAGCUUUGGAAGGUUUGGUUUGUGAACCAUACUCCUGCCCGAUUGAUACCAAGUGUCUGGUCCAGAAAGGAGUCAAAGCAUGUUACCACAUAGAUCCAUGCAAAAAUGCCAACUGUCGAGUGAAGGAAACAUGUAAAGUACAGAAGGGUGAAGCUGUGUGCAUCCCAGACUAUACAGGCACUUGCUGGGGCUGGGGCGAUCCCCACUACCACACAUUUGAUGGAUACGACUACAACUUCCAGGGCACCUGUACAUACACUCUCUCUAAGACAUGUGGGAACCUGACGGGCCUGGUACCCUUCUCUAUUGUGGAAAGGAAUGACAACCGAGGAACUACCGUGGUUUCUUACGUCAGGGAUGUGGAGGUGUUUGUGUAUGGCUACAACAUCACCAUGAUUAAAUACCAGAACGGCCGGAUCUUGGUGAACAAUGAGACUAACAACUUGCCAGUGUACCUAAAACAUGGACAACUGACUGUAACUUAUACUGGCAGCACAGCUGUACUAACUACAGACUUUGGCCUCUAUGUUUCUUUUGAUUAUAACUGGCAAGUAAUCGUCAAGCUUCCAAGUAGCUACUAUGACAGUGUGUGUGGCCUGUGUGGCAACUUUAAUGGCAAUCCUAAUGACGAUAUGCGUGACCCAGCUGGCAACAUUGUCUCCUCUCUUAUCACCUGGUCCAAGAGCUGGAGGGUGCCUGACCCCCAAAAUCCCAACUGCUGGGACACGUGUAAGGGCGACUGUCCUACCUGCAGUGGCAAUAUUGUUAAGCUUUAUGAGACAGAGGGCUCUUGUGGUGCCUUAACCACAAGUGUGAACAAUUACUUCCUGGAAUGCCAUGCUAAGGUGGACCCCCAGGCUUUCAUGAACAACUGUGUCUAUGAUAUGUGUGCCACCAAUGGGGACCGGAAAAUGCUGUGCUCGGCAUUGGCUUCUUACAGUAAUAUGUGCCGUCUUCAGGGCAUCAUUCUUCAAGGCUGGAGAGAGAAAUUUAAUUGCCCCAUGAAUUGCCAGCCGUACAGCCAUUAUGAGGCUUGCACAAGCCCUUGCCCGCUAUCCUGCCCAUUCCCAGCUCACCAGCCAACUUGCGAGGGUAUCUGCGUGGAGGCCUGUGUCUGUAACGACGGCUACGUCCUCAGUGCAGGCCAGUGUGUGCUCCCCGAGACCUGUGGCUGUUCCUAUCAGGGCCACUAUGUAAAGCCUCAUGAGCGCUUCUGGACCGAGGGCUGUCAGCAGCAGUGUGAGUGCGACCCUGACUUCCACACGGUAGUGUGCUGGUAUGCGACCUGUGCAUCUAACGAGCUGUGUAUUCUCGAGGAUGGCUUGCGUUUCUGUCGGCCCAUCACCUACUCCACCUGUACAGCUGCCGGAGAUCCUCACUACCACACGUUCGAUGGAUAUUAUUUCAACUUCCAGGGCACUUGUACAUAUCAGUUGGUGGCACUGUGCUCCAAUGACCCUAAGCUCAUUCCAUUCACUGUCACGGUGCAGAACAAUCAUCGCGGCAGUGAAGUCGUAGCCUAUACAAAAGUGGUGAAUAUAGACAUUUAUGGAAUCACUAUCACUAUCAGCAAGGACUUCCCCUACAAAAUCCUGGUGGAUGGCCAGGUUGUGUCUUUACCAUUCUAUUAUGACAACAACCAACUGAUUGUCUACCGUAGUGGCUCGAUGGCAGUUGUAGAGGCAGGUUUUGGCUUACGGGUGACGUUUGAUUGGAACAGCCUGGUCCAGGUGACCUUGCCUAGCACCUACUGGGGUGCUGUCUGUGGCCUGUGUGGCAACUACGAUGGAAACCCGACUGAUGACCGCACCAUGAGGGGUGGGGGUAUAGCCUCUACUGAUGAGAAACUGGGUGCCAGUUGGCAGGUCGGACAAACAGUGGACUGUUCCUCCACUUGUGAGGGUCCCUUGUGCCAGGGGUGCUCUACCUCCCAGAUGGAGGUCUAUCAGGCCCAACGCUACUGUGGCAUCAUUACCCAGUAUUACGGGCCUUUCUGGGCUUGCCGCACCUACAUUGAUCCUAAACCUUACCUGGAAGACUGUGUUUUUGAUGCCUGCCAGUACAAAGGUUACCAUGGGGUUAUCUGCACUGCUGUAGCAGCCUAUGCAGUAGCCUGCCAGAAAGCAGGCGUGAACAUCCAAGCCUGGAGGAGCAGCACUUUCUGCCCACCUAGCUGUCCCAAAAACAGCAAUUACAAACUCUGCUCAGCGGGCUGCCCCGUCACAUGUGCCAACCUGCCUUUAGCCACCCAGUGUCACAUGAAUUGCACAGAAGGCUGUCAGUGUGAGGAGGGCUACCUGCUGAGUGGUGAUGCCUGUGUCCCUGGGAUCCAGUGUGGCUGUUCCUUUUCCGGACGGUACUACAAGCUGGGUGAGGUGUUCUAUGACGCAGGACAGUGCCAGACAAAGUGCCAGUGUGGGGAGAAUGGUGCUGUAUCGUGUGAGGUAUCUCCCUGCAGCCCUGGAGAGGCCUGUCAAUUGGUUAAAGGAGUGUGGGGCUGCUAUUCCACUGGGAAUGCUAAGUGCGUGGCUUCAGGGGACCCACACUACACCACCUUCGAUGGGCGCAGGUUUGACUUCCAAGGACGCUGCAUCUACACCCUCACUAAGGUGUGUGAUAACAGCACACAGCUGGUGCCCUUUGCUGUGGAGGAGGAGAAUGAGCCAUACGGAGAUGGCAGGGUGGCUGUGACCAGAGCUGUCGUGCUGCAGGUCUAUGGCUAUAUUAUCAGCAUCAAGCAGGGAAUGAAAUGGGAAGUUAUGGUGAAUAAAGUACGUUUCCACUUACCCCUCUUUUUUGAUGAUGGACGCAUAACUAUAAACCAGGAAGGCUGCAACAUCAUAGUGCAGACGGACUUUGGACUGAAAUUACUCUAUGACACUCAGUACUAUGUAGAGGUGGACGUUCCUUCAUCCUACAAAGGCAGCCUGUGUGGCCUCUGUGGAAAUUACAAUGGUGACAGUCAGGAUGAUUUCCUGCUGCCCAAUGGCCAGCGGACAGCCGAUGUGGAUGUGUUUGGGCGAGCCUGGGUGGUCAACCUGCCGGAGGUUAUGUGUGGUGGCUGUGGGAGCCAAUGCCCAACGUGCAGCAUAGACAAGCAAGCCCUGUAUGGACAGCUAGAGUUCUGUGGCAUCAUCAACACCACUAGUGGCCCCUUCGCUGCCUGUCAUGCUGUAGUUCCACCCGAGAACUAUGUCAGCAACUGUAUUUUUGACCUGUGCACCGUGGAUGGAAACAGGACCACCCUGUGCAACAGUGUCCAGGCAUAUGCCAUUGCCUGCCAGAGUGCUGGAGUUCAGAUUAACGGCUGGAGGAACAUUUCAUUGUGCCCACUGACCUGCCCAGCCAACAGUCAUUAUGAAUUGUGUGCUGACACUUGUGGCAUGAACUGUGCCAACCUGGUCUUGCCCAGCACCUGCACCCCCCAAUGCUUUGAGGGCUGCCAAUGUGACCCUGGCUUUGUGUCGGAUGGAAGCUCGUGUGUGUCUAUGGAUUCCUGCGGAUGCAUUUAUGAAGGCCAAUAUUUGAAGGUUGGUCAGUCCGUGGUGAAUCAGCUGUGUAAUUCAAAGUGCGUGUGUCAGGCCACAGGAGCCGUGACCUGUCAAGCGCUAAUCUGUCCCGGUGGGCAGGUCUGUGAAGUGCGUGAUGGGAUCCAAGGAUGUUAUGUCCGGCAGGGCAUCUGCACUGUCCAACAGGGGGCGAUCCUCACGACAUUCAAUGGCAUGGAGGGGUACAUUAACCACAAUGGGGCCUUUGACGUUGUCUCAGUCUGUGACAAGAACUUAAACAAUUGGUUCCGCAUUGUAGUUGAAAUGUGCAGCAGGACUGGUUUCCCUGCUGUGUCCACGGUAUUUGUGUACUACUUGGAUACAGCCAUUGUUAUCAACAGGCAGCAAAGUACCUGGGUAAAUGGAAAGGAGACAACACUCCCUGCAAGACUCACAAGUGGGAUAACUAUCACUACUGUUGACGAACUUCUGAUCAUACAGAUAUCAGCAGAUUUGCAAGUCUCCUAUUCUACCAGCCAGGAGGUUAAAGUGACUAUCACAGGUAGUCUGGGUAGCAAGUUGUGUGGUGCCUGUGGUAACUACAAUGGAAACAGCAAUGAUAACAUUUCACCACUAGGAGGCACAAUCUCUGCUAACAUCUCACAGGCCAUUGACUCCUGGAGGGCCAUGGAUCUCUCUGGAUGCUGUGUAUGAAACUUGAUGUCUAUGACCCAAUGUUUCAGCUCUCCUGCAACAGACUGGUUUUUUCCAUGCAACCGUGUUUUUUUUGUUGAUGAUUUAAAAAAAAUUCUUGAACAAUACAUAUUCUUGUCAGUUAUUGCCAAAUUAUAAUUUUUUAAACAAAUCUUUAUAAUCUUUUGGAAGA